AUGAAGCUUAGUUCUUGCCUCCUCAUCUUCAUCCCCCUUCUGCAGCUGAUGACUCCAGGGAGUGCUCAGUGUUCCUUAGACUCUGUAGUGGAUAAAAGGAUCCAGAAAGCUCUCAGAGAGUAUAAACCCCCCGUCGCAACCAAGACACUCUCAUGUGUCAGCAUCACAAACUCAGGUAGACUGUCCUCCUGUCCUGCUGGGAUGGUCGUCACUGGUUGUGCUUGUGGUUAUGCCUGUGGUUCAUGGGAUGUCCGGGGGACCACCACAUGCCACUGCCAGUGUGCUGUGAUAGACUGGACCACUGCCCGUUGCUGCCGUCUGGCCUGA